AUGCUUGAAGAUAGUCAGCAGAGCCCAGACGUUAUGAAGAAAAUAGACAUUCAUACAGGACAGGAAGAGGAAGAAGAAGAAGAAGAAGAAGAAGAAGAAAAAAGGACCUUUAGUAGCUGGAAACUGUCUCAAACAGAGGCCGACACAACACGGCACAGCGCAGCACAACAACACGAGGCCGCGCUUUCCGCGCCAGCGCGCAGCAGCCGCGCCGUCAGCGCGACGAGAGGAGGCUGCCAGUGUGGCAGCGACUCCGGCAAGCCUUCCGGAAGAACGGCUCCGCGAGGAGCAAAUAAGACGCACACCGAGGGCCGCAAUCGUCAGGGGACGGCGAGCUCGAGGCGGCGCGAGGGGCAGAGGCUGGAGCCUGGGGACUGGAGGUCUCGACACGGCAGUCGUGUCCAGAGCAGGGCGUUUCGGCAGCGGCGCGGCGUGGCCCGUGCCUGCGAGCUGCCCCUGGCACUGCCGUGGCGACCCGCCGCGGCGCGCGCUGUCCGCACUGUGGCGACGCCGCCGCCGACGCCGCCGCCGCCGCCGCCGCAGCCGCCUAGAGGCGCCACCUCCGACGCGACCUGCGCCGGACCGCGCCGCGCCGCGCAGCCGACAACCGGCCCCCCCAGGCACAGACGUACGUGCCCUCCACUGGAGCAACAUCACGGAUAG